AUGUGUAGACCGGGUCACAGUGGACCUACCCAUGAGUCUCUACAGGAAGUAUUUGACAGGAAGGCAUUCAGACCUGCUGUGAAUCUGAGUAACCCCACUAUUGCCAACAUCUCCUUCACCCUGUACGCUGUGCUCGGAGUGAAUGAGAAGACUCAGAUCCUCACCACAUUCCUCUGGCUGCGGUUGUACUGGUUCCACGAAUUCCUGAUCUGGGAACCUGAGGCGUGUGAUGGGAUCACUAAGAUCUCACUUCCAGUAAGCAACCUCUGGUCACCUGACAUCAUCGUCUAUGAGUUUGUGGACGAUGACGUGUCUCAGGCUUGUCCAUACGUUUAUGUUAACCACACGGGACACAUUCGCUAUGAUCGGAUGCUCAGACUCGUCACAGCGUGUAACCUGGAGAUCUUCAGUUUCCCGUUUGACGUUCAGAACUGUACCUUCACCUUCGGCUCCUACAUGCACACAAUUCGAGAUGUAAGAGUGAAGCCUGCUCUGCCCUUUGACCAGAUGUCAGGGAACUCAAAGCGUUAUCUGGAGGCUAGCGGGGAGUGGGAUCUAGUGGUGAUUUUGGGAGAUGCAGGAAUUCUCAAGUUCGGCAUAGACGAGUGGGACAUCAUCACCUUCUGGGUGGUGAUAAAGCGUCGACCAAUCCUGUACGUGGUGAAUUUGCUCAUCCCAAGCUCCUUCCUCAUGAUCAUUGACAUUCUGUCCUUCUAUUUGCCGCCUCACAGUGUUGACCGUGCCUCAUUCAAGAUGACGCUGAUCCUCGGUUACACCGUUUUCCUGCUCAUCAUGAACGACCUGCUGCCGAGCACGGCCAACGGCACACCAAUCAUUGGUAUUUAUUUCUCAGUGUGUUUGGCUAUGAUGGUCAUCAGCCUGCUGGAGACGGUCAUCAUCACCAACGUUCUCCAUCACAACUCCAUGAAGUACCGCCCGGUUCCACAGUGGGUCAGACUAGUCGUGCUGAAAUACAUUGCUCGCUUCAUCUGUUACAGUGAUCCGGACGUCACACACACACAACGGAAAAUACUGGAACAAGGAGACAUCUGGAGCACACAACGCACACAGAUCGACACACCACAACCCUCACAUGCUAAUGGAGUAGGUGUGUCCCCCCUGUCUGUCCCCGAGCUGGUGGAGAUCAGUGAGUGUGUGCGUGUGAUUCGUGAUCACCUCACCAUGCUGCAGCGAGAAGAAGCUCUGCAGGAUGAGUGGUGUCAUGUCGGCUACGUCCUCGACUUCCUGCUAUUCCGUGUCUACCUAAUGCUCAUCACCUGCUAUGCCUUUGUUAUCAUCUUCAUGUGGUGCAUCUGGAUGUACCAGUGACACACACACACACACACACUGUCCUUAACUAUACUCUUGCUGUUUAAACAUGUAAUUUGGCUGAUUUUGUCUCCUCACAGGUUGAACAAAUUUAACGUUUUAAUAUUUAAGGUUCUUUAUGUUAAAUAGUCCUACACACCCCUUACUAUACUGACCCUACUCCAGUACCCUGACCACACCCCUACUACACUGACCCCACUCCAGUACCCUGAACACACCUCUAAUACACUGACCCCACUCCAGUACCCUGAACACACCCCUACUACACUGACCCCACUCCAGUACCCUGAACACACCCCUACUACACUGACCCCACUCCAGUACCCUGAACACACCCCUACUACACUGACCCCACUCCAGUACCCUGAACACACCCCUACUACACUGACCCCACUCCAGUACCCUGAACACACCCCUACUACACUGACCCCACUCCAGUACCCUGAACACACCCCUACUACACUGAC